UAGAAAUAUUAAUUUAAAACUUAUUUAAAAAUUAGGCAAAUAAUGUCAAAAUUUUUUUGUGAAUUCAAAUUAUAUUAUAGUAGAAUUUUUUAAACAAAUUUUACUCAUCAGAGAGGCAAAAAAAAAAAAAAACGUUAUUUCUUUUUUAAUGAAAUAAUUAAGUUAUAAAAUGUCCGUUCUAGACGAUCGCACUGAAUAUCUAAAAUAUAAUACUGGACCUAAACUAUUUGGUGAUUUCACUCCAUUUUAUGUGACCAUCACUAUUUGUUCAGUUAUUGGAGUUUUUCUCAUAAUUUUGAAUGUAACAUUUUGCUGGUGUUCACGUCAUCGAAGAUAUUGGCAAGACAGACACACAGGAAAUCGGUGGAUUCAACCACUUUGGUCAGUGACACCGCAUAAUAAUCCACCUCUCGAUAUAUCAGAAUUUGAAAAAGGAACAUCAUCCCAACACUACGUUCACCAUCGACCACAAUUUGAGGACGAUUAUCAAAAAGACGAAUUGGACGUGGCAACUUCACAUCCUGAAGAAUAUAUAGAAUUACACAAACGAGAAAGUGAAAUCUAAGCCAUUCCAUAAUUUUUCCUUUUUUUUUACUUACACUGAGAUUGUUCAAAUUUGUACAGAUUUUUUUUUUUUUAUUACUUGCCUAGUUAAGUACAGAGCCAAAAGAAAACAAAAGAACCAAAAAUGGGAUUACACGUUUUUU